AUGGCGAGCUUGGUAGAUCUCAGUUCGUCGCCGGAUCCGCUGGGAGACGAGGCCCCGAGCUCGAUAAGGACAAUCACACGGCGCACGGCCAGGAACCUCAAAUCAAACCACCGGGAAUCAUCGCUACAGGUUCCCAGCAGCAUCAAGCCCCGAUCGAGUGUCAAGUCACCUAGAAAGCAGACCUUUGAGCUUGACGUUGGAAAUGGCCGCUCACCACAAAGAUUACUCGUCACCGUCGAGGCCGAGGAUGAGCGGGGCCGGCGGAGCGGUGUCAACAGACGCCUCUUUUCUGCGUCCCCAAGUCGCAGCUUGAGCCGCAGAAGAGAGGAGACUACCACCACAGUUAUACCUCUGAGGGGAUUGACGGACGACGAAGGUGGCGGUUUAGGCGACGAUCCCACACCACGCCGCCGCGGUAGGCCCAGAGGAAGUCUUGGGAGCAGAAACGGUACACCGGGUCCACGGGGGAAGAAGAGAGCUGGCACACCUUUACAACCGACGUCUCGGGCGAAGCGACACAGUGCGGAAAUACCCCUUUCAGAUGCGACAUUGGCUAGCGAUGCGCUCAUGGAAGCAAGCGGGAACUCCAACCCAGAACCUACACCGAAGCCCAAGGCACGCAUGAGAAAGACACCCAAGAAAGCUAGCACACCUGCUCUACCAUCGAGCAAAGCCACUGGAAGGAAGCGCGGUAGACCUCGGAAAGCUCUAAUGCCUGAAGAAGUAGCUGGCCUCACCAGCGAAGCGGGAGCACGAAGUGACGAUACGCAUGUCAAUCAUGGAGAGGAGUUAUCAACGAUUCGCGAAGCGCAUUCCGAAGGUGGCUCGCAACUACAAAGGAGCAAUGACGCUCUGAACACAAAAGUCCAUGGUGCCGCUCUGGUGAGUCCCAGGGGCCCAGAGGACACAAUUCAGGGGUUCUCCAGUCGGCGAGAACUACGUCGUUCGCCGGAGCCAUCGAAUUCCUUCGCCGGGAUUGAGGACACACCAGCCCAUGCAGCUCGCACAGGCCAAUUUGACCAACCAAUGUUCGAUGAUUUCACUGGGGAACAGCAUAGCGACUUUGAAUCGGAAGCAGACGAUGCGGAUGCCGCAACAUAUAGCGGUCAAGAUAAUCUUACUCAUGCGUCCGAGUUUAGCAUGAUUGCAGUUGAGGAAUUGCCGUCUUUUCAAGCCUCUUUUCAAGGCAACCGAAGUGGCCUGACAGAGGUCCCUCCUCGGUUUGCUGAGGCUGGUGACGAGACAAACUUGAUCAUCAACCAGACCUUGGAAUCGUUACGACGGAGUACUCAAAGCGAAGCCCGCAAUCAAUCCAACCACAAAGAUAUACAUCAAGCAGAAGUGAAUGAAGCCUUACCGGCUAGAGAGCACGAACCAAGGGGGCAUGUGCAUAUCAGCCCGUCAAAUCUUGGCUCAAGCCAGCUUUCUUGGACCAGGAGCCCGAGAAGACAACAGAAAGUCAUGCCUCUGAGCAAACAAGUUCUCCUGAACAGAGCACCGCAUGUGGAUGACUCGUUCUCCAGUAUCCCAGACAGUAUUCUACAAGCAGCCACGCCAGGCAGAUUACCUAUGAAGCCAGCCGCCACACACGUCGCAGAUAGAGACGAGAACAUGUAUGAAGAUUCAUUCUCAGAGAUCCCAGAUGAAGUUCUUACUGCUGCAACACCUAAGCCGGCUCGCCCAGCGAUGCAACUGGAUCAAGCUGAUCUUCCAUCACCAGAGGGAGAAACACAAUCCGCCACCAGAUCCACCAACAUUGGAUCUGACAGAUUGCCUACCCCUGACGACACGAACUCUUCUGCCACGGACGCUAAGAACGGCCAUGGUGAAGAUGCGCAGAGAUUAGUGAUAGGGUCAACUGCACCUGUUAACACUUCUGACCUCAACAUCCGCUCAUCGCCACCCACGAUAAGCCGGCAAUUCAACACCAUGAAUAUUCAGUCCGAAUCUGCUCACACGAUUAGCCGGCACUUCGAUACUAUGGCCCUCCAGUCUGAACAAUCAGAACAGUCACGAGCUGACCAGACUAUGGCUGGCACCCCUCCGCGUGAGACCUCUUCUCCCCAUCUGGGCCUGGCAAAUUCCGGUUCUGCUGAGAAUGCGCAGAUGCUGCAGCCACCUCAACAUGGCAGACGACCCACAUUGUCGCCAAUUGUGCGCGCAGGACGUACGCUCCAAAACAUUUUGUCAGAUAGGUCGUCUCCAGAUGAGCAGGGCAGCUUGGGAAGCCCUUUCAGAGGAUCUCUACAGAGCAAUUCACGUCAAUCAUCGCUUUCGAGAUCACCUGCACGAGCAGCAAGCCACCGAAGAACAGGUUCAGAUUCUCGGGCUCUGUUCAGUUCGAUGGCCCUCUCCCAAAGCAUACGAUCGGCAUUCGGAUCUAGCCAACGCGCGUCAUCGCUCCCAGCUCCUGAUCUAGCUCCAGCUCUACUACCUGUACCCGAACCUGCGGCCCUGCCAGUCCAGACUGAGAAUUCUUCCCGGCCAAACAUGCUUGACUCUUCUCAUAUCGAGAUGUCAAGAAGGCCAGAUCAGGGCUUUGAGCAUGGUCAGACAAAUGGUCUGAUCGAUCGCCCAGAGACCAACCCGGAAGCGCCCAGCUCUUCCAGGGUGGCUCUGCCUAGUGAGCAAGGUCAUCAUCAGGAAACGAGUUCGGGUUUUGGACAGGAGGAUUUGAGUAGUCCGGCAACGCAAAGAUCUAGGCGAAUCUCUGCUUCGUUACGGGCAGCUAACUCCAGCGCUUUCGGCAAACGCGGGUUCCGCAGCAGUCAACUUCGUGACAUCGUUUCCGAGUCUGACAGUGGCCUGGAAGAGGAAAAUAUCGAGGAGCAGGAUGAGCAGAUCGAAGAAGAGCAAGUCGAAGAGGAAACGACGGAGCCAAUUGACGGACAUGAUGAGGAAGUCAUAGAGAGUCAAGAGGAGCAACAUGAGGAAGAGCACAUAUUUGACGAUAUACUUGAUCAGGAGGACAGUCUAGAAAUUGAUCGAGAUAAUGGCCAAGAAGUGGCGGAUCAAGGAGGAUCUGAACGCGAGCAACAGGAAACAGUGUCGGGUGAGACGUCUUUUGACGUAGAAGACGAUGACGGCGACGACGUGGACUUGUGGGAUAUCGAAGCAUCAAGACCUACGCCGAGGGCGAAUAAGAUUCGACAGUCACAAGUUCAAGUUGGAGUGUUACACCCAGCACCCGCAGCCCCUGUCCCUGCCGCACCAGCUGCUGUUGAUGCCGACCCUCCCCGUCCCGCCAAGAUUACCAGUCCAUGGAGGCGAAAUGCUAGACGCUUGAUCUACCAGGAUGAAUUUAGGAGCCCAUCGGAGAUCGAAAUGGAGGACAGUCCUCCGAGUGUUAUAGGGCGUGCGACUUCCGUUCCUCAAACCGAUGCAGAACGUGCUAGCCCGUUACCUCAGGUUAAGCCAAAGCAAGUAUCAUCGCGUUCUCAAAUUGAGGUAGAGCGAGCUCAUCCGGCUCCUCCCCGUGGUGGCCAACAGGAGAGAGUCAUUGAAGCAUCUCCAGAGCCACCGCAAAAGGAGAUAGAUAUGGAACAGGAACAGACAGGAGAGGAUUACGAGGUCGAAUACUCUCACGAGCUUAUGGAGCGUGAGGAAUCUGAUGAGCCUCAGGAACCACCUCAAGCGUUGAAUCAGAUGAAGAGAAAAGCACCACUCGUUGAACAUUCGGUAGUCCAAGAAUACUCCAUGGCUGAGGGGAACCAAGCUGAGGAGGAGCAGGAACCAGAGCAACCAGCGCCAGCACGGCGCAGCUUCUUUGGCAGAGGCUUUGACAUUCUGUCAUUCUUUUCGUCCCCUCGACCACCUCCUACGACUAAUGAUCCACCAAGGACGCAAGUUGAUGAGACUCCUGUCCAUCGAACGACUGCAAAGCCUUUGCCCCGCUCGGUGCAAAGCAUUCAAAAUUCAUUGCCCGAAGAACCUCAAUCUGCCCUUCGUGCUACUGGUCUGUUCCCAUCAAUUCGACAGAAGAUUUUCAACCCUAGCCCCGAGCGACGGGUUGACCUGUUCUCUCCAGGAACGGCCUUACGAUCGAAUGAUACCGUAGCAGACACGUAUGAUGAGGCUCCCUCGACACCAGAGCAACUAGAAUUUGAUUCAAUACCGCAGAAGCGCAAUUUCACACCACUCUCGGGGCAAUCACGCAACACUGCCUCUUUGUUCACGCCUAGCAGACAAGGAUCUACCCCAGCCCAGGAGCUCCGCACUCCUUCGUCAGAAUAUGAUGAUUUUAGGGAGAAAGAUUUUAGUGACGAAGCGGAGGAGUCGGGAUUUACGGACGGUCCAUCGUUCGAGCACAUACCGCCUCGUGAGAAGCCCUCACACUGGGACAAAAACCUCAGCCCUACCAAAUCCUGCAUGCGUUCUCCACUCAAACCGAAGACACCGGGCCGAGUAGUAGAGUUCACCAGCACCGUUCUUAGCCCCAGGGCUCAGGAGAAGGCUCGUGUUGACCGUCAGCGUGUGCUCAAUACCGUCAGCAACGUCAGUGUUAAUAUCGCUACCAACAACCCGCGCACCGCGAUCAUCAAUCCGUCGCCUCUCCGCAUCCCCCCCUCUUAUCAGUCGCGCGAAUACAACAAGGAGAAUACCAUUUCGCCGUCCAAGUCCCCCGGGCGCCAGUUCAACCAGUCUGCGCCAGCGACACGCCCCCAGGCUGCGGCCGCCGCCAAGCUUUCGCCCACAAGUUGGACACGGGCUCACUGGAUGCGUCUCGACGAGAUUCUGCAGCUGCGCAAGAGAGAUCCGAUGCAGUUCCAAAUGUAUUUCCCGUCUGUGGCCCCAUACAAGCAUCCCCUCGCCGGCCUCGAGGUCGCUGCACAGGACGCUAAAAUGGUGCUCGAAGACUGGCAUCUGGAGGUCGUCGAGGCCUUCCGGGCAGAGCUCACCGCCGCAGCAUCAAAAUCCUUUGGGGAGAACGAGGAAGAAACCAACGAUGCAUGGGAUGACAAGGCGCUCAGCAAGCGGCUCUUCGCGCUCAUGGUGGGCGAGGAGAGGAGGAGAAGCGGAAAGUACGUCAGCGGACGCGCGGGAAAUUCCCGCCAAGGGUGA